AAGUCCUACAAAAAUACCCUGGUCAGCCUUGCCGCUUUGCGCGAUCAAGAGCGAGGCGCGAAAUUUAAAACACAUCACGCGCAAUAUGGAAAAGGAAGUAGCCUACUAGGCGUUAUGGCUGGCGAACAACAAAGGCCUGUUUUAAGCGCCAAUAUUUGAUUGCCUUUCGAAAAUGUAUGUCCUUAUGUCAUCUACUGGGCAACGUUUCUUUACGGUGUGUUCAAGCGAAAACAAGUCGCAGCCUGUUUAUCUAUAUAUACCGCUAGCGGUAUAGUAUUAAAACUUUAAACUUCUAAUUGACGAACCGCAUUUCUACAUCGGACGUCAUGGAAGCAACUACUAUUGCCACAAGUGGAAUGACAUUCACGGACUCGACAAUUGGAGCUACUUUUACGUCUAUUGCAACCUGGUCAACAGACGAUCUGCUAUGGACUCUCAUCUUUGGAUUUAUCGUCGCCUUCAUCCUUGCUUUUGCUGUUGGGGCAAAUGAUGUGGCCAACAGUUUCGGAACUACCGUGGGCGCUAAAGUUCUAACCCUGAAAACGGCGUGCAUCCUCGCCUCCAUUUUCGAAACGCUCGGUGCAGUUUUGCUGGGCGCAAAAGUGGGUGAGACAAUAAGGAAAGGCAUCAUCGACAUUACCAUCUAUAAUGCGACUGAGGAAGGCCGCGAACUGCUUAUGAUUGGCGAGGUCAGCGCAAUGACUGGAGCAGCAAUCUGGCAACUAAUUGCCACAUGCCUUGGAUUGCCAGUAUCAGGAACUCACAGUAUUGUUGGUGCUUGUAUCGGAUUCUCUCUUGUUGCUGUUGGUGCUACAGGAGUCAAUUGGAAGAAACUCGGACUCAUCAUUGGUAGCUGGUUCAUAUCGCCUGUGUUAUCUGGAAUUAUGGCCGUUUCUCUUUAUAUAUUCGUAUCAAAAUUUAUACUGGCAAAGGAUAACCCUUUGCAAAAUGGACUGAAAUGUUUGCCGUUCUUUUACGCCUUUACAUUUGGUAUCAACUGUUUUUCGAUUUUCUAUACGGGAGCUCCACUACUUGGACUGGAUUUGGAAGUAUGGAUGGUUGUACUAAUUACUUUGGGACUUAUGAUAAUCGUUGGGGUUGUUGUUCAAUGCGUGGUUGUUCCGAGGUUGAGGAGAAAAGCAUUAAAAGGUAUGGAUAUCGAAUCUUUGACUGGCCUUUCAAUGGUGAAGCGUCGGUCAUCUGAUGACACAAGCCCAUUUCAAACCCCGACAAAGUCACAGAACAAAACCGAUUCAGUACUCAACGAUUCUGGAUACCAAACGCCUAACGAUCCAGGAAAAAGAACGAAUAUUGUCGUCGACCAAUCUGACUUUCCUGUCAUCAUCGGCGAUGAAUCUGCAAACGACAGUCUUUUGCAGCAAUACGAAACCGAAAUAAACGACAAAGACAAUAACUCAAGCACAGGCGAUAAAACUUCAGAGACCGAUGAUGACAUGACGAAAUUGAAACUGAAAUCAUCUUCAAUAAAGAAAUCUGAAUCUUACGGCGAUGACGAUUCGGCGUACGAAGAUCCUAUUAUAAACAAGUCGCAAUUGGAAGAGUCGCCUUCGAUAGACAAAACAGACAAACUAGAUGAAGACGACAAGGAGGAAGAAGAAGAUCCACCAUCUGUUUGUUUGUUAUUUUCCACACUUCAAAUCUUAACGGCCUGUUUUGGAAGUUUUGCACACGGUGGUAAUGAUGUCAGCAAUGCAAUUGGGCCACUUAUCGCACUUUGGUUGAUCUAUCAUUCUGGCAAUGUUGUUCAGAAGGCAGCUACACCGUGGUACUUGUUAUUAUACGGAGGAAUAGGGAUCAUUGCUGGGCUGUGGAUUCUUGGAAGAAGGGUGAUCAGAACGAUAGGAAGCGACUUGACAAAAAUCACACCUUCCAGGGGUUUCUGUAUCGAGCUUAUGACUGCAUUGACUGUACUAAUUGCCUCAAACAUUGGAAUACCUGUAUCAACUACACAUUGCAAGGUUGGAUCCGUCGUCUCCAUCGGGUGGUUUCGAUCCCGCAGUGCUGUAACUUGGAGUACUGUACGUAACAUUGCAAUCGCUUGGUUUGUCACUGUGCCAGUAUCGGGGCUAAUCAGUGCCGGAGUGAUGUAUGUGCUUCUACUGAUCGCCACAUAACGAACCUUUACUUUUGGUACCUCGGCUCAUACAUGGUACAUAGAUAAAACUACAUUUGUACAUGCCCCAUGCCAGAGCCUAGUGCUACUUUUUAGCUUUUCUUGAACAAAAGAAAGUUCUUUUCACACCAAAACUUUCCAGAAUAUCAACUAUGCAAGAACCAAUAUCACACCCAAAGACGAAUUUUCAAGAAUUUUUUUAUUUUCAAGAAACGAGAAAUAAGAUAUAGAAAAUUUUGUCACAUCUGAACAAACAUUACCAUUGUAAUAAUUUUUUAUCAAAUCUGCCUAACUAGAUUUGACGAAAAUCUUGUAAUUCAUUUCAAAUACUUCCAACACUCGCUACCUAUUUCCACACAUACGUAUCCAACUGAUGCCAUAUGAAGUAGUUUUACACUGUUUAGGACGAAAUUGGCCUGAAAACUUCACAAGAAUGACAGGCUCUCCAGAAGUGUAUGUACCCAUAUGAAGAUAACUGAUUUUGUUCGCCUACUUUACAUCAAGUUGUGUAAAUGGACUGAAACCUAUAUUCACUUAGCUAACAUAGCCAGUCCCCGAACUCGUAAUAUAACUAAAAUUGGAAUAAAAUUGUGGCCCGACGCUAACCUGGCACAUACACUACGGAAGUACUGAAUGACAGGUAUUUUCAUUGUCCGAAUUCCCGUAAUAUGUUUUAUAAAUAGCAAAACAUCUAAUUCUACCUUCAUUUAAACCUCUUUAAUCUUCAGGUGUACCCUAUACAUACCAACUGUAGUGUUCUGAAUAUUGGAGACACUUUUAUUUGAAAGAAUUUACAAUGUUUCCUAUAUAAUGCUAGCUUAUAUUUGAGAUAUUACAUUGACAUUUGUACAGUACUUCACUCGCUCGCUUGCAGUACACUCGCUCGCUAUCACGUUUUUAAUGUGUUUUCCAGUAUGUCACAAAAAUGAUAUAAAAAUGUAAAAGUAGGAGGUGCUAUUUUGUUAGCUUUGUGUGUGAGAAAAAACUUAUAAGCGAAAUGCUUCUUAAUAUCCGAAUUGUUCGGAAUCUGAAAUGGCGGAAUUUCGAGAAGAAUUCAAACCUCAUUUUCUGUUUCUAUUCAUUCUGUGUUUUUAAUGAUGGUAAUUUUUGUUGUCUAUUUUCUGAUGUUUAUUUUCCUAACUCAAUUUUCUGUUGAUUUUUUAAACUGGAGCGUGUUAUCAAGAUUGAUUAAGCAUCCCUGUCAUGUUGUGAUGAUGAAAUCAAAUAGAUAAGUUCUCUUUACACGCAUCUAGUUACAUCAUAUUUUGUAAUAAAAUGAACUGAAAUACACUGGUUUUAUGUUGA